CGGGGCACAGUGAUGCUGGAGGCGGCCAGAGGAGAGAGUUAGCCCGGCUUCAGGACGCGGAGGAACCGGGCCAUGGGAGCGGGAGCGAGGCGGAUCAGUAGCCGGAGGAGGGAUUGAGCUGGACGGCGAGAGCAGAGGAGCUGAGCGGCCUGUGCUGCUGCUACUGUUGGAUCUAUAGUGGAGUUUUGGAGUUUGAGGAUAGUGAUGAAGAUGAAGAUGAGGAUGAUGAAGGGGUUUGGGCUGCUGCUGUGGAUUCAGCUGGAGCUUCUGCUGUGGGUCAGAGAGAGUUACACAGCUGACCAGUGCAGCUGGAGGGGCAGUGGGUUAUCUCAGCUGCAGGGCAGUGUUGAGCAGGUAUUCCUGCGCUGUGCUGAAGGCUCGGUGGAGUGGUUGUACCCGUCCGGAGCGCUCCGCCUCUCCCUGUCGCCCCGCCCCUCCUGGGCGGGGCUUGGGCCAGGUGUGUCCAGCAGCAGCACCCCAGCAUCCAUCUGCGUGAAGGCGGAGCCUCAGUGGAGCGGGGCGCAGCUCUACCUGGAGCGAGACGGGGUGCUGGAGCUGCUGGUGGGAGACGUCUCAGGCCACACCCACACGCGCUGCUUCAGCUUCACACCUGGAGAGAGACCCGCCCUCUUCCUGCAGGCCACGCCCCACCAGGACAUCAGCCGGCGAAUCGCGGCCUUUCGCUAUGAGCUGAGGGGGGAACGGAGGGAGCGGCUGAGCGACAAUUCCGUACACACGGAUCCCAUCAGCACGGAAGGAGCCUGUAGGCCAUGUAAUGAUACUGAAAUGCUGAUGGCAGUGUGUACCAGUGACUUCGUUGUGCGUGGGAAUAUCCGUGCGGUGGAGACGGACUCGGACCUGCGGGCGGCGGUGAUUAAAGUGAGCGCUACGCGAGUGUACCGCCAGAAAUUCGCCCUGUUCUCCAGCACCGGCCGGCUGACCCACUCCGGAGAGAUCCGUACCCUGCUGAGCUGCGGCGUCCGCACCGGCUCCGGCAGCUUCCUGUUCACCGGACACGUGCACUUCGGAGAGGCGUGGCUCGGCUGCGCCCCGCGGUACAAAGACUUCCUGAGGGUUUACGAACACGCCAAGCAAAAACUACAGAUACCCUGCACCCUCGACACUCACUGACAAACACAGAGAGAGACAUUUAUCAUGGAAUCCUCUGGAAGCAGCGUUGAUGCUUGACGAGUUAAGAAGAGG